AUGUGUUCGGCAGCAGAGGCAGCUCAGCCCGUUGCCAACCUAUUAACCGUCAUCAUCGCCACAUCCCCUACCCCUUCUGCGCCUUCGACCGAGUUGAUAUCCACAAUCUUGGAUUCCUUCCAAAAACACUGCCCAAUUCUACUGGGUUGUAGCGUCAUCGUGAUCUUUGAUGCUUAUGAUCAGAUGGCACCCCAGGCUCGUUUGAAGAAGGGGCAGGUCACUGCAGAGCUAGCUCGGGACUACCAACUGUAUAAGACCAAUGUCAAGGAACUAAUCCUGCGUCGUUUUCACGACGGCAAGCUGGAAUACGUCUUUACUGAAAUCAAAGGGGUUGCAGAGUACGGUUCGCCGGCUGUUGCCUCCAACUUUGUCGAUUUCACAGCCACGCAAACCGAGGACAAGCGAGUGACUUUCAUUGAGCCAUCAAGACGCCUCGGAUUCGGUCUUGCGGUGCGCUCGGCACUGAGGAUGACGGAAACGCCUCAUGUCUGGAUACAGCAGCACGACUGGGCUCUGGUCGCCGACAUCCCAAUAGACCCACUAUUAGAGAUCAUGACAGCUUCCGAAGGUGACGAGAACGCACCCGUCAAGUACGUGUGCUUAGCCGCAGUCCGCAUGCUAUCUUACGCUACAUCUGCAUACGUUACCAAUUUUAAAAUGCUGCGGGAGUUGACUUCGUCACUCAAGCGUGAUUUUGCGUCGAAAUCUCAACCCGGCGUCAAGAUACCGCUGACGCCCCUAUUCUUUUGGCACGACAAACCCCACAUCGUGUCGACUGAGCAUUACCUGACUCGAGCCUUUCCAACACGUCUGGCAAUGAAUCGUGGGGACUUUAUCGAAGACAAGGUUGGCCAGCGAGCGAGAACACAAAUGAAGGAGGGCUUGUGGUCGAAAUGGGCUUGCUGGCUUUACUACCCCGAUGAUGGUACGCGGUUGUGCUUACGACAUCUGCAAGGCCGGACAUGGAGAGGGACUGAAGCUCAGUUGAAACAGGCUGCUGCUUAUAGGUAUCAAAAUAUGCGUCAAAAUGAAGCACUUGUGCAGGAUGAAGACCCACGCAGUCUACCCGAAGAUUGGCUGGACACCUUAGCAGCGGAAUGA